AUGGUCAAAAGCCACACCAGUGUUGACGAGCAGGCUUUGGCAAGCAGUACAGUAGGAGAAAGACUGGCUUACAAUGAUUAUACCACUAUAGAUUGGUUGCAUGAUCUUGUCAAAGAUUCCUACCGCCUUCGCAACAUCCACAACAAGAAAAAUCUCAAAGGAAAAUCACUUGCUCUGUUCGACGCGUCAUCAGGCUGGAUAGCAGCAGCAGUCAUUGGCGCACUCACAGCAUGCGUAGCCUACCUCGUCGACGUUGCCGCCGCUACAGUCAGUGAUUGGAAACUGGGACACUGCACCACAAACCCUUUCUACACUCGCGAAGCCUGCUGUGCUUCUUCCACCUCUGCCUCUGAGCCUGCGACUUCAUGCCCGGAUUUCAAAACUUGGGGUGAUGAGUACGCUGCUAGUUUUGGGGUGUAUGUUGCUUUUGCAUUGGCGUUUGGACUUGUCAGUGCUGGGGUGACGAUGUUGACGAAGGGUGCUUUGCCCUCUGCCAAUACCAGCGACUCUGGAGACACGGAAGCAGUGGCGGGGAAGACGAUGUAUAUGGCUGCUGGCUCGGGGAUUCCAGAGAUCAAGACCAUACUCGGCGGGUUUGUGAUUCCGGAUUUUUUGUCGUUGAAGGUGUUGGUGGUCAAGGCCGUGGGCGCUGUUUUUGCUGUUUCUACGGGCAUGUGUUUGGGCAAAGAAGGUCCAUUCGUCCACAUCUCCACCUGUGUGGGCUACCUCGUCGCCAAUUUCUUCCCCAAAUACCGCGAUAAUGAACGCAAGAUGAGAGAGAUGCUGAGUGCAGCCUGUGCAGCUGGCUUGUCCGUGGCAUUUGGUGCACCUAUUGGAGGUGUGUUGUUCAGUUACGAGGAAAUCAGCACUUACUUUCCGAGAAAAGUGCUGUGGAGAGCUUUUCUCUGCAGUGCUGUUGCUGCUAUGGUGUUGAAGGAACUCAAUCCUACGGGCACUGGCAAAUUGGUACUGUUUGAAACCAACUAUGGCACGAGUUAUAGUGCGGUGCACUAUCUGGUGUUUGUUGUGCUUGGCAUUGCAGGCGGCAUCUUCGGCGGUGUCUUCUGCAAACUGAACUUCCUCUGGAGCAAAACCUUCCGCAAAUACGCCAUUAUAAAGAAUCACCCAGUCUUCGAGGUCUUCCUGAUCGUCCUCGCCACAGCGUUACUCCAAUAUCCUAACCCUUUGAUCCGCGAGCCUGGUGAUAUGAUAAUCAAGACUCUGCUCGUGGACUGCAGAACCGAGAAUUCAGCAGAGUCUUGGGUAUGUCAGAAUGAAGCUCGCGAAGAUGGUAAUUGGGGAUAUGUGGGUUGGCUGGUGUACGGCACGUUGGCUAAAUUGGUACUUACGAUCAUCACUUUUGGCAUCAAAGUGCCCUCAGGGGUGAUCAUUCCUGCUCUGGAUGCGGGUGCACUGUUUGGUCGCCUUCUGGGUCAAUAUGUCGGUGGUAUUUCUCCAGGCAUCUUCGCCAUGGUGGGUGCAGCUGCAUUUUUGGCUGGAGUCAGCAGAAUGACCUUGUCUCUCUGCGUCAUCAUGUUCGAACUCACCGGAGAACUCGACUACGUGCUCCCACACAUGGUAGCGAUCCUCGUUGCCAAAUGGGUAGCCGACUCGUUGGGUAAAGAAGGAGUAUACGAUCUAGCUCAAAACGUGCUGGGUCAUCCUUUCCUGGACCUUGAUCACAGUCUCGGCUACAUCCAGAUGGCCGAUGUGCUUGUCGAAGAAUUGAUUCCUCCAGAGCACACAAUGGAGCAAAUCACCAUCCAUGUGCCUGCGACCAACAAGGUCAAACGCGAAGUACUGCAGGAGAAACUCGUCCAGCUCGAAAGCAGAGGUCUCAUGGAUGCAGGUCUUGUGUUGGUUCAAAACAACAAUAUACUGCAAGGCUAUCUCGCAGAAGGCGAACUCAGCUUUGGACUGCGCAAGCUAGGAGAGUUGUAUCCCAAAGAUGCAGAAGUGAGAUUGUUGGGUAAUGCGGAGGAAGGCGAGUUUGACCUCUCGAGUUUUGUGGACCGUACUCCGAUGAGUGUGUGUGCAAAGGCACCGAUGGAAUAUGCGGUUGAGAUGUUUGGGAAGUUGGGAUUGAGGCAUUUGAUGGUGACCGAAGAGGGUACGGGCAGAUUGGUCGGUGUUAUCAUCAAGAAGAGGUUGGUGGCAUAUCUGGAUGGGUUGAAACACGGAUGA